AUGUCCACGUCUAAAGUCAUCGUCAUUCUAGGCGCAACCGGUAACCAAGGCGGCUCCGUCGCAGAAGCAUUCCUCUCAGAACCAGAUUGGAGAGUCCGCGCCAUAACUCGCAACGCCAAAAGCUCCAAAGCCCAGGCCCUUUCUUCCAAAGGCACCCAAGUAGUCCAAGCCGAUCUCGACGAGCCCUCAACUCUUGUCGCUGCCUUUGAAGGAGCCAACGCUAUCUUUGCGGUCAGUGACUUCUGGGGUUUAUAUAGCGACCUAGCGAAUAAGUCUAGAGCGAAGCCUGGACAGCCUCUUAACCAGUGGGCUGCGGAGCAUGAGGAACAGCAGCUCAAGAAUGUAAUUGAUGCUGCUUCCAAGGUUCCCACGCUGGAGCGUAAAUACACUCGGGUGUAUCACUUUGAUGGCAAGGCUCGUGCAGCAGAGUAUAUCCCAAAGGCACAGCCGGAUCUUUGGGCAAAGACGAGUGUCUUCCAGGCUGGACUAUUUCUGAGUAACUUUGUCCAACUACCUUUGAACCAGCCCAUCAAAAAUACCGAAGGAGUCGCGCAGUUCAUCUCACCCCUAGACCCCGAUACAAAGUUCCCCUUCAUCGCCGCUGAAGAAGACUCGGGCCCCAUUGUCAAGGCUCUCAUCAUCCAAGAACCUGCAGGACACAACCUCAUCGGCUACAGAGAAUGGCUCACAUCUAAAGAGAUCGCAGAGUCGUUCACCAAGGCUACUGGCAUUGAAUCAGCUGCUGUCAAAUCAGAUGGAACAUUCCCGCCUGGCUUUUCGGAAGAGUUUGUUGGCGAGAUGAAAGAUUGCUUUGGUUACUUUAAUGAGUUCGGAUACGAGGGCCGAGAUGAUCCGACCAUAGUACAUCCUCGAGAUUUGAAGUCAGCGCCCAAACUGGGUACGGCGGAGGAUUACUUUAUGAAGCAGGACUGGUCUAAGGUUUUUAAUUCAUGA